CUACCUACGUCAGUGAGGAGUUGGUUCGCCAUUUUUGUCAGCUUCAAGAAAGUUCGCUUGGUUCUCUCCAACGAUUUGCAAAUUAAUGAAUUAACGCUUCAAUAAAGUUUUCUGGAUCAAAUCCAUACCAGAUACGAUGGCGGAGUAUCUCGCUUCGAUUUUCGGCACAGAAAAAGACAAAGUAAACUGUUCUUUCUACUUCAAAAUUGGAGCUUGCCGGCAUGGGGAUCGUUGUUCUCGUAUCCACAAUAAGCCUACGUUCUCGCAGACAUGUUUAUUGCAGAACCUGUACGUGAAUCCUCAGAAUUCCGCCAAAUCUGCCGAUGGAAGCCAUCUGGUGGCCAACGUUUCCGACGAAGAAAUGCAGGAGCAUUACGACAAUUUCUUCGAGGAUGUUUUCGUCGAAUGCGAAGACAAGUACGGUGAAAUUGAAGAGAUGAACGUUUGCGAUAAUUUGGGCGAUCAUUUGGUGGGCAAUGUGUACAUCAAAUUUCGACGUGAAGAAGAUGCCGAACGAGCUGCCAAAGACCUAAAUAACCGUUGGUUCGGAGGACGCCCAGUGUAUUCGGAACUGUCGCCAGUAACGGACUUUCGCGAGGCUUGCUGCCGCCAGUAUGAAAUGGGGGAAUGCACGCGAUCCGGUUUCUGCAACUUCAUGCACCUGAAGCCGAUUUCGCGUGAACUGCGCCGCUAUCUAUAUUCGAGACGCCGUGGAAGAUCCAAAUCGCGAUCUCGGUCUCCAAAACGCGGAGGCGGUGGCGGCGGUGGUGGAGGCGGCGGCGGCGGUGGCCGUGAACGAUCUCCGCGUGAUCGUCGCCGAUCCCGAAGCCGCGAACGCAAGGGCCCAGACAAUGGACGAAAAGGAAGAUACUAAGGACAACAUGUGAAUCGGCGCAUAUGUGGAUAUCGAUACAUUUUUAGUUGAGAAAAACAUGGUGUUUGCAUUAAGAAGAUUCUUUUGAUAUGCCAAUUUGGUUUCUUAGGAUGAGCCUACUCUCAAUUAUUCACUUUGACAAAACUAGCCGAUCAACUUAACAAUCAUUGGCUAAUUUUAUCAUAGAACUGGUUUAUAAGUUUUGGAGAAUUCUUGUCGAAAGAAUAAUUAAUAAUAUUUUAAUAAAACCCAGCAUUGUAACGUAAGACAUAAAA